CAGCUACCUUAUCCCCCGCAGAACAGCAGACGCCAACGAUGCGUCCGCUCACCGAAGAAGAGACAAAGACGCUCUUCACGAAGCUUUCACACUACGUAGGCCCUAACAUUGUCCACUUGGUCGACCGGAAAGAUGAGCCUCACGUCUUCCGCUUGCACCGAGACCGCGUCUACUAUGUCUCCGAGAGAUGCAUGAGGAUGGCAAUCUCCAUCGCGCGGCCCAACCUCGUGUCGCUGGGGACGUGCUUUGGCAAGUUCAGCAAGACGGGCAAGUUCAGGCUGCACGUCACCGCUCUCGAUGCGUUGGCACAGUAUGCAAAGUACAAGGUCUGGAUCAAGCCAAAUGGAGAGCUCCCAUUCCUGUAUGGCAACCACGUCGUCAAGGCACACCUCGGCCGCAUCACCGACGACACACCCGAGCACGCCGGCGUCGUCGUGCUUGCCAUGAACGGCACCCCCCUGGGAUUCGGCGUCACGGCUAGAUCUACGGUGGACACGAGGAAGCUCGACCCGACGAGCAUCAUCGUCUUCCAUCAGGCUGAUGUCGGAGAGUACCUUCGUGACGAGGACACUCUUUUCUGAUGUCUGCCUCUCCCCUACUCUUCCAAGUCUCUUGUGCAAAAAUGUAAUUGUAUUUCUCUCUCUUCUCUGGUCAUCCGAGUCACUGGCUAUGACGAGGCCAAAACCCUCUUGCCAAAGUCUGCCACAAUG